AUGGGAGUGCCGGACUCGAGCAAGGCCGCUCCACCACCAGCCUCAGCGCUGCAGAAAUGCCUCGACGCACACCCGCUGCCAACGGACUCACCACACACAUCAGAUUUCCACAACCUCGCACUUCAGAUCGCCCACAACCUUCGCUACCAGCAUCAAUGGUCAGGAGUUCGCCUCCAUACCGUCGUGUCGUCCGACAAGUCUCGUCCUCUACCACGACCUAUGCUAUCCGGUGUGCCUCCAAACCGACUUUACGUCCACCCCGACGAGCAGAUCGAGCUGCUACAGAUCCAGAAAGAUGAAGGGAAGACAGGCAUGCCGGACCUGGAACCGCAUCGCGAAUGGGUACUGCCGAGCCAUCUUCGAGAGAGGUGGACAUUGAGAAGAUUCGGAGAGGCAUUCGAUGCGAUCGAGAAGAGUCCGUCGCAUACCGAGGGCGCGCUUUUGUUCGACGCACAGCAGUCUGAAAGCGCCGAGGGGACUGGCAAAUGGCGAGAGAAUCUGCCCAAGAGACUGCUCCUUGGCACCUUGGACGAUGAUAGCACGGUGGUGUAUUAUAUCGUGCAUGACGGGAUCGUCAAGCCACGGCAGAACUGA